GUCAGAGUGGAGGUGGCCAGGGAAGCAUAGAGCUACGAGGGAAAUGGGAUCAGCAGAGGCAACAGGUCUGAGUGAGAAUAUUUAACUGAAACAACAGAGGGCAACCUUUCAGUUCAAAGUUAGGAUCAGAUUUUCCCACAAAAUGUCUCACUUGCCAAAGUUUUCACUCAGCAAGUAUCAAACGCCAACCUCUCAGGUCAAUCUACACACCUGUGAGCUCCAAGGGACCUCCUACCGGCAGAUGGCAGAAUCUCAGACUAAAGAGGGCAGGGACAUCUGCUUCUCUCAACCAGACAGCAACACUUUCAAUUUGAGGACAGCGGCUCUGAACAGGAGACACAGUGCAGAUGGGCCCAUCAAUGCAGGAGCAGAUCUGGCUCCAGAACGAGGUCCUGCUGGAAGGUUUCACCCCUACCGUCGACAAUUUAGCGAUGGAGAAGUGGGGGCUGCAGGAUGUCUCCAGCAGUGCUCCUCUUCUUUUAGCAGUCUACAGGAAUUGUGCAACCCUGACACACGUUCACACAGCAAUGACGUACGAAGGACCUGGAACCACUACAAUGACAGCGUUCAGAGUUCAUACCCAGAACUACCAGCUGUACCAGUGGAACCCUCCAGCUUUCACCCUCAAAGCUAUCCAUCAUUCAGCUCACUGAGCCCUCUACAGCAGAUCUCCUCUAAACUGUUUCCCAAUGAUGACCAACCAAAUGGCUCCAAAUACUCUGUUCAGAGUCUCUCCACUCCGUCACACCAGGAGUGCACCCCACAGUCCCUCUUCCCCAAGCCCAUUUACUCAUACAGCAUCUUGAUUUAUAUGGCUCUGAUGAACAGUAAAACCGGAAGUCUGCCAGUCAGUGAGAUCUACAGCUUCAUGACUGAACACUUCCCGUAUUUUAAGACAGCUCCUGAUGGAUGGAAGAACUCCGUGAGACACAACCUUUCCUUGAACAAAUGCUUUGAGAAGGUAGAGAACAAAAAUGGUAAUACUUCUCGUAAAGGCUGUCUUUGGGCUCUUAAUCCAGCCAAAGUAGAAAAGAUGCAGGAAGAGCUGCAUAAGUGGCGUCGCAAAGAUCCUCUGACUGUUCGCAGGAGCAUGGCAAGGCCAGAAAAUCUUGACCGUCUACUGGGAGAGAAGCCGGGCAAACUCAGGCCUUCACCAUCUUACUCCACUACAGCUCCAUUAUCCAGAGCAACCCCCACCUACAGCAUCUCCUCAUCAUCUUUUACCCCUGACCAGCUUCAACCAGUAUACCAAUCCAUUCGGCGUUCACACUAUGCCCAUAUUCAUCCUCAGAAGCCCUACAACCUUUCCCCUACAACUUCACCUCCCAGCAACUCAUUUUCACUGUACUCACCAUGUGGACAACAGCCUCCAGCUGACGUUCCAUCAGGCACUGAAAGUCUCAACUCACCCAUGGCUGGGAAAUUGCCACCUGUUUAUGGUGCUGCCCAGCAUGCCGAGUACACUAUUAGACCAAGGAGCACGCAAGACUUACUGUUGGAGGGGGAUGCCAAUUAUGACAUUGACACACUCAACCCCAGUUUAACUGACCUACAGCUGCAAGGUAACUUAUGGGAGGAGUUAAGGGAAGACAGCCUGGGGUCAGAACAAAAUAUUCCUGCUACAACCUCCUCAGCUACUUUUGUCUCGCAAGAACACCAUGUCCAGACCACCUGUGUGGAAGUCCCUUCUCCUCUCAGUCACACAUUAGUGGGGACAGCAGCUUGUCAUUGUAAAGCAGGAUAUGAGGAUGAGGACACAGACAGAAACAGCUGGAAUGAACUGCAUCCUGUGGGUUAUUCUGGAGUGGAGAGUUUGGCAGGGUACCUGACCUCCUGCACCACAUCCAUCUCUUUGGUGUAAACAUUUGAACUCCCCACGCUUCCUGAAAAAUAAUGAACUUCUGUAUAAUCUGUGUGAUAAAUGGAAGCGUAAACGGAAACAUUUUUUUCAUCACUUACAUCUGUCUGUUACGUUCAUUUGUAAUCGUGUCUUUAUAUUUACAUUUGUUAAUGUCCUAUCUUUAUUGUUUUAAAGUAAUUUAAAAAUAUAUGGAUUGCUUCAUUUUGUCAAGUGUAAUUGCACAUUGCUUUCAACGGAUGAAAGAUGUAAAAAUUCAAAUAAUUAGAAAAUUAUUAAAAUUGCCUUUUAGUAUUUUAGUUAUAGUGCAUAAAAUGACAAUGUGAAAAACUCAGUUUCUCAUAAUUAUUUAUCUGUUUGAACCACAAUUUUAAUUUUUACUUGCAGGUAGAUUUCUCCAGUGAAAUAGGUUUAAUUACUCCCAAUUGCUAACAAUAAUUAACUGCGUCAAAAGUUCCCAUAAAUCCAGAUAUUUCUGGUUUACAUGUCAUUAGACAACCACUACAUGUUGAUAUUUGUCAUUUUGUUUUAUGUAAUAUGGGCUGAGCAAGAGGUGGGCUUUCAUUUGGUUAUCCACUAUUAUCCACUAUUAAACAUAUUUGCUGAGUGAUGAUAGGUGGUGCCAUGGCAACAGUGCAGUAAGACUGUUGUCACAGGAGGUGGCAGCAAAUACUCUUUGUAAUGUGGAGCUUAUUGCUUAUGAUGAAUAACAUUCUGCUGUAAUGCUGCUGUCUGUAUUUUCUUGUUUGCACUUAAGGAUUAAUGUUUACUACAUCCAAUACUUUAAAUAAAAACAACAAAAAACAAGAAUGCUCAUGCUGAGGGUAGCUCAAGUGUUAAAUGUGAACAUCAGGUAUCAGUUUACAACC